CCCAACCUCUAAGCUCUCCUAUCUCUUCAUUUUUAUUGACUCUUUCUCCCUUGUUUAUAGCUCUUGUAGAGUCAAGCUGAACUGAACUCUGAACCAAGCUCAGUCCCAAGAAAACAGAGAAACUUCCCCCACACUUCCUCUCCUCUCAAAAACAAACCUCCCCUCUCUCUCUCUUUCAUUAUCCAACAAUAUGGAUAGCCCACAAAGAAUAUCCAUUAAAGAAUCUCAAGUAAUCCUAUCUCCAUGCAGCAGUAGAAGGAGAGCAAGCAGUGAUUCUAACUCACCACCCGAAUUCGAGUUCUGGAUGGUCCAAAACCCAUCUUUCCCUCAACCAAAUCUUGUUUCAGCUGAUGAACUCUUUGUUGAUGGUGUCCUCCUCCCUCUCUACCUCCUCCACCACCCCAACAACAACCACCACCACCCGCCUGAUCCUGACCCUGACUCGACCGAACCCGAACCUCCCAGCUCCCAACCUGACCCUGAACCCGAAAUCUCGCCAGCAAGCAUAACCAUGGAGCCAACAAGCAGUUCCAAGAGAUGGAAAGAUAUAAUAUUCAAGAAAGGUGGCAAGAAAACUUCAAAAGCUGCCAGGAAACAAGAAGAGAAAGACAAGGACAAAGACAAAAAGAGGGAGAAAAGGAUUCAAAAUGGAGCGAGUUCAGCUGAGUUGAAUAUCAACAUAUGGCCAUUUUCACGUAGUAGAUCCGAAGGGAACAGUGUGACCCGACCCAAGUUGUUUCCCGGGGCUCCCGGAACCCGGAAGGUAAGUAGUGCCCCUUGUUCGAGGAGUAAUUCAGCAGGGGAAUCCAAAUCAAGAAAGUCAUGGCCAAGUAGCCCUGGUCGACCCGGAGUCCAUUUGAGUCGGAGCAGCCCAGUGUGGCAGGUUCGACGUGGAGGUGGUUCGGGUACGAAGAGUAGCUUCCCUGAGCCUGUGGUUCGGAGUGGUGAGAAAUCGAGCAGUAAAAAAGAAGUUACCGAGCCUCGCCGCAGUAAAAAUACAGCCAAUGUUAAUGGCAUUACUAGUGUUGCUAGAGCAAAGGUUUUGAAUAUAAAUGUCCCCGUUUGUAUUGGGUAUAGAAAUCAUUUGAGUUGCAGAAGCGGUGUCCGCGGUGCUGACGGCAGUGACGGUGGCGCAACCAAAAACGCUGGCGGUAAUUGUGGUGGUAGUAGCACUACUAAUGUUGGAAAUGGUGGUAAUCUUUUCAAUUUACGUAGCCUCUUCACAAAAAAAGUUUAUUAGAGUUUGUAAUUAAUUGACCCUCUAAUUAUAUAUAUUGUAAAGUAUUAAUUAAUAGCAAUAUUAAGUUUGAUUUAGAUGUACUUUUCAGUGUAUUCUGCAUUUUUCCUUGUAUAAACAAAGAAAUUAUUUUUCUCACCAA